AUGAGUCACGACACCUUUCAACGCAAUAUAAAUCAGCUUCAAUACCUUCACGCCCAAAGAUCUUCAUCUAUAUUCAACCAGCAAACCAACAUCCACACCAUGACACCAAAAUGGCAAGUCACCCGCCUCCUCCACGGCGUCCGCGCCAUAAUCGGCGGUCGCGGUCCCCCCGUCGUGCUCCUCCCAGGCUGGCCUCAAACCGCAGAAGCAUACGAGAACCUCUUCGAACCGCUCUCAAAACACUACACCUUCAUCGCCCUCGACCCCCCAGGCCUCGGUGAAUCACUCCCCCCACCCAAGAAUGGCUACGACACCGCAAACGUAAGCAGAAUCCUCUCCGAGGCAAUCACCGACACCCUCGGCUCAAAAUCGCAACCAUACCACCUCGUCGGUCACGACGUCGGCGGCUGGAUCGCGUACCCCUGGGCCGCGCAGUUCCAGCCGCGCCUCAAGUCGCUGAGUAUCCUCGACGCGUCGGUGCCGGGGUUCCAGCCGGACUUCCCGUUCCCGCUCGAUCGCGCGACGAACCUCCGCCUGUGGCAGUUUUCGUUUAAUGCGCUGCCUGACCUCCCGGAGAUCCUGACGGCAGGGCGCGAGCGCGAGCUCCUAACCUGGUUCUUCAACCUCAAGACCGCGAACCCGGACGGCGCACAGAAGGGUCAGUUCGAGCGGUAUAUCCAGGCAUACUCACGACCCGGGGCGAUGAGUCGCGGGUUCGAGUACUACCGCGCCUUCGAGACGAGCGCGAAGCAGAAUCUGGAAUUCGCAAAGACGCCGCUCGAUAUCCCCGUGUUGGCAUUGGGUGGUUCCCAGUCGGUGGGGGCGGGGAUGGUGAAGCUCGUCGCGGGCUUCGCGAGGAAUGUCGAGGGCGGAGCGAUUGACGAGUGUGGGCAUUUCCUGCCUGAGGAGCAGCCGUCUGCGGUUGCGCAGAGGCUGCUGGAGUUUCUGCGGAAGAAUGAGACGGAAAAGUGA